AGCUGAGAGGCAGGACGCUGAAUAACCACAACAAGAUCUGUCUGUCUAGAAACCCAGGAGGACAUUGAAAGGAGUCAACUAUGGAGCUGAUUGGAUCCACUCUGACUGCCACAUAUGCUCGGCCAAAGACCAGCCACUUCCUCCCUGCCAUCUCCACAAUGGCAUCCAGUUACCGCAACACCCAGCCAGCCUUGGUCAUGAAUCCCAGUGCCAACCAGUGGAGGACCAACGGCUACUACAAGAGCAGCACCACUGUUCCACCCCAAUCCGCUCUACAGAGGGAGAACUUCGAUCUGGUUCGAGCUAAAACCAUGUUCUACCCAUCCAACAGGACGGCACUGUCCACCCGGUACACCCCCGAAGACUGGUAUAAAUCGAACCAAAGCAACUACAGGGAGUCUGAGUCGUCUAGGAAAAGCUCAGAAAGACUGAGAAAAGACACAAUUAGGCUGAUGCAAGAUAAAGACCAGCUCACUCGAAGAACUCAAGAGACGACCAGUAAAAACCUUGGUGAGCGGGUCAAUGACAUUGUAUUCUGGAAGUCUGAGCUGAGCCAUGAAAUCGAUAACAUGGUAACAGAGAUAGCAGCCCUCAGCGAGGUCAAGAGGAGGCUAGAGAGAGCCUUGGCAGAGACUGAAGGGCCACUUCAGGUGUCUCAAGAGUGUUUGUACCACAGAGAGAAGCGGAUGUCCAUCGAUUUAGUGCAUGACCAUGUAGAGAAAGAUCUCAUUAAGGAAGUGGAGGUCAUAAAAUCAUGUCAGGAAAGGAUGAGACGACAUCUGGACAGAGCCACUGCUCAGCUGGCGUCAAAUCGAGCCGCUCAGCAUGAACUUGAAAGAGACAUGAGUGACAAAGUGACGGCUCAAAGGAUCGAUGGCAGGUGUCACCAUCUGAGGAACACUUCAGCUGGUAUUGGAUAUUACAGAGGGAUUGAAAGACUAGACCCCUCGCUGUCUCUGCCUGACUCGUGGUCGAAGUUUACAGAUGACAACAUUCUGCACUCCCAAAGCGAACGAGCUGCCUCCCACAAGCUCAGGGACGAGAUAGAAAUCCUCCUGAACAUCACAUCCAAUGAGAUGUGGAGCCAGUUCAACUCUGUCAAUGUGUCCUUUACCAACCGCAUAUCAGAAACUGCUGAUGCGAAGAACAGCCUGCAGACGCACCUGGCCAAGACUCUGCAGGAGAUCUUCCAGACUGAGAUGUUGAUCGAGUCUCUAAAAAAAGCCCUGAGAGACAAAGAGUGUCCGCUGAAAGUGGCCCAAACCAGGAUGGAGGAGAGAACUCGGAGACCCAACGUAGAGCUCUGCAGGGACAACCCACACCACAGACUUGUGGAUGAGGUGAGAGAGAUCGAAGACACCAUUUAUAAACUUCAGGAGAGGCUGAUGGAGGCUGAGAACACACUGCAGACUCUGGUCAAGACCAAAGUCACCCUGGAACAUGACCUGUCCGUCAAGGCUAAUUCACUGUUCCUUGACCAGGAGAAGUGCAUGAGCAUACGGAAGAGCUUUCCCAGCAUGCCUCGUCUGGUCGGCUACACAUAA